AUGGAAAUCCCAGCAUGCCAGGCUGCGGUUGCAGCGGCGACUUCCGGCAUCUCUCCAAAGGCUAGAUCAGCCUGCAGCUUGGCUGGUUCCCGAGGCUUGGUGAUGGCAUUGCUUCCGCAGCUGGCAUCCUUGGCUUCAGUUGGAGCACCUGAUGUGCGGCGGGCUGUACGAGAGGUUCUUGAGGCUUUGGCAACUGAGCUCGAGCUAUAG